AUGACUUUGGAACAGGAGGAGAAUACGAACAGCCAUUCAGGUAAUGAGAACAUGUCAGACAAAAUCAAUUCUCAUGCAGCAGAGCUUCUCAGAAGUAAUAACUCUCACGACCGAUUCCUUGAAAUGAGUUUCAAAAUGGACGACCUAAGACAGCAACAAGAAAUUGAAAGAAGAAACUAUGAAGGCAUGUACAAUUACAGCUCACCAAGGAGCCCAAAUGAAGCAAGCAAAGAUCUUUCGCACAAACCUGAACUCAAUUCUCUUUCGUUAGAAAUUGCAUCCCGAUUACCGACCACAUCAAAGGAAAGAUUGUUUUCGCCAUCCUCCAAACCUCCGACCUCUCCACGUCUUUUAGACGAAUCUCAUUAUACUUUUAGACCUCAAAUUAACAAGAAAUCGGAAGAAAUUGAACUGAGCAAACAACAUAUAGGGUUUGAACAGAGAUUGUACGAAAUGUACAAAAAAACAUCAAACACUCAAAAGAAAAUUGAAGAGAAAAAGAAAGAACUGAUGGAAAAAGAACUCGAAGGGUGCACCUUUACACCAGAUGUUGCUAAAACCAUCAACAAAAUCCAUGUAAAAGGAAAGAACAUUGAGGAUAGAACCAUGAUAUGGGAAAUGAGAAGACGUCAGAAACUUCUCAAAGGAAAGAUGGAGGUCGAAAGUAAAGAGAUGGAAGGAUGCACAUUUUCUCCUAACACCCAACGAUUGAAGUUGCCUUCUCCCAAAAGCUCUGGUGAUCCAUUAGGUUUUGAAGAGUUUUUAAAACGUCAGAGACAGGCUAGAGAAAAGAAAUCUGAACUAGAGAAAGUUUUUAGAACAGGAGAGAAAUGGAGAAACCAAAUUACAAUACCCAAGGAAUUUUCUUUUGGAGCUAAGGAAGGAAUUAAAAUUAAGGCCCUUCAAAAACCUGUCACCAACGAUCAAGCCAACAAGAAAACAAAUCAUUUCAAUUUAUCGAUGGAUCAAGCUUCUGAACCAUUGAUGUUUGUUGGAGACGGAUCUUUACAAUUUGAUGAAGAUAACGAGAAUCUAAUCACAACAAUCUCAACCAAUCACGAUGGAAAAGAUAUCACAAAUGAGUCUGGAAUCAGCGACAUUCCUCCUCAAGGCUUGUUUUCAAGCAAGACCUCAGUUACCAUUCUAGACGGAGGACUGAACGAAAACAACUCCACAUUACCAUUAACUCCCAACUUUUCGUUUGGAGCUGACUCAAUCAACUCUUUAAAGCUAUCCAAAGAAUGGAUUAGAAGAAGUCAACUUAAGGACGAAAAGAAGGACUCAACCAGCACAAACAGUUCAUUCAAUUAA